GUCUUUCGCUCCUCUUCCUUUCUUGGGAGCUUGACCUGUUCGAGCUUAUCCGCCGAUCGGCUCUAAGUUGGCUCUUCUGGUGCGUCUGGCUCCUCACUGUUAGCAGAUUUGAGGCUUUGUUCGAGGAAUUGCAGUGAGAUCGAUUGGAGGAGGAGAGAACAAGAGCUGUGCUAGUUGUUAAUGUUUGGAAGCACUAUGCGGUGGCUGAGCCUCUCUGUUGAUGUUCUUCGGAAAGGCGUUUCCUUGAACUUGUACUGCCGAGUCAUUCUAUGACUCGACCUCCCUGUCUUUGGCUUUCCUCUUUGACAUCCCCAUCCUUCUCUCUGAUCCGUAGCGUCAAAACCCUCUUCUCGUAGAGGAAGCCCACCGUCGAGCAGAGAGAAUAAGAAGUCCUCGUUUCUCUUUUCCUUCGAUACUGCACUUUGUUUUCAUUUCUUGGUUUUGUUGUUCCUGUCCAUUUCUUGUUCUCUCUUUCUGGGUCCUCUGGUGAACUACUUCGGCUUCGAAGCGGAGAAGAGAAGUAAUGGUGUGUCAAGCUGCUGCCCAGACGAGAUUUCGAGCACUGAAACAUGAGAAUGGGAUUGCUGGUAGUUCCACCAUAAUCGUUAGGAUCAUAGCUUGCUUCCAACCAUUACAGCAUUGCCAGGCAGAGUACUUCCGCCACCUCCUCAAACCGGUCACGUAGAUUAGCUUCUCUUUAUCUUCUUAUUCAGUAUAGCUGCGAUUCCGCAGAUAUUGGUGGCUAAUCAUAUUGUGGGGGUAACUUUUGUUCUUUGCUGAUUGCGCUGGUGUUUGCUUUGUGGGGAUGAAGAAAAACCUCAAUCCUUGGCUCCAUUUUCCACAUCAAAUGCAGCGGUUUAGUAGCUUAAACUCUGCUACUGAUCUCAUGGAGCCCAACAUUGGGCGACAGAACAACCCACUGACGGUUUUCCCUACCUACAUUAACCAUUGUGGCUGUGUCGUCCCCAGUAAUACCACCAUAAUGUUCCCAGAGAUUCAAGCACUCAAAUCCUUUGAGAUGGCAUCAUCUAUAAAAUUUUCUGCAAUUCCCAUGUUUGUUCCACCAGACUUUGGUGGAUCUACGAAGAGAUUGCCAGUUCUUAAUCAGUCGUGGGAACGAACAGGCUUAGAUUUAAGCUCUUCAUUACACCCAUAUCGGACUCUUAAUCAUGCAAAUGAAAGUCUGGACGUUCAGGGAAGCAAUGAAACUGUUCACAUUGGACAUGAAGUCGAGGAGAUGCAUGAAGAUUUAAGCUCUUCAUUACACCCAUAUCGGACUCUUAAUCAUGCAAAUGAAAGUCUGGACGUUCAGGGAAGCAAUGAAACUGUUCACAUUGGACAUGAAGUCGAGGAAGUGCAUGAAGAUUCUGAGGAAAUUGAUGCUCUUUUAUAUUCUGACUCUGAUGAUGAUGACAGCAGGGAGGAGGAGGUUGCCAGUACAGGACAUUCGCCAAUUGGGCCAAUGACAGGAAGUUCGUCCGAGGUAGCUAGCUCUAUCUUCCCAGUCAAGAGAAAGCGACUUGAUGAGGAUGAACCUGAUGCUUUGCUUUUGGACACGGCAACAUCAGGAGGCCACCAUGGAGACAAUUCUGAUUUGGAUUUUAACAAACAUAGGAUUGAAGGUGGCGACUCGAGCUGUGUGAGAGGAGAAGACCAGGAUCGCAAGCGGUUGAAAAGGGAGAGGAUAUUAGAAAUAGUCAGUGCUCUCAGAAGGAUCAUCCCAGGUGGAGAGGGAAAGGAUGCUGCAACUGUCAUUGAUGAGGCUAUUUGCUAUGUCAAGUCUCUCAAGCUGAAAGCCAAAGAUUUAGGUGCUGCUACAUGGUAGCAUUUGUUCUAUAGGCACAUAAUUUAGUUUCAGACUCUAAUUAGCAACAAAAAUAGCAGUGCCAGUUCCAUAAUUAUAACCCUCUUUCGCCAAGAUCAAUGAAAAGGUGACAAAAGCAGAAGCCAGAAAGCUAGCUCUCUCCACACAGAUCCAAUAACUGAAUGUCUGAAUCGGUACUUUAUGAUCACAGUUAUGUCUGUGCUUUGAUGGUGGGUGAACUAUGGUUUGUUUGUGUGAGUAGCAAGGAUUCCUAAUCGUCACAAGGGGUGACUGAGAGCCUUUUCUUUUGACCCAUGGUUUUGUGCAUGCACGCCCGACAAGUUGGUGGCAAUUGCUCGUUUGUCAUCAUCCUUCCUAUCUUUGUGAUUAUGCUUCGAGGGAGGCAUAGUGGCUGCCUUUGCUGAGGGUUUAGCAAACCGGAGAAGAUUGAUAUCUGGCUCUACAGUUGCUAUCCAUGAUUUCUUGGAUGAGGAUGUCAUGGCUUUGUUGACAAAGAAGGGUUGCAAGUGACACUGUUAUGAGCCCUAUGUGGGGGCAUGUUGGUACAAGCAAGGUGUUUGGAUGCAUGAGACCAGGUUGAGGUACUGACUUCAGGUGCUGCAGGUUGGAGACUGGAGUUGCAGCUGCUAGAUAUAUGCUGUCAUUGCAUUGAUGUGAGAUUGUGCUCACAAACAUUUUGAUUACUACUGCUGCAAGCAUGAUGUUGCCAAAGUGAUAAGAGGCAGUGAGCGCAUGAUCUCAUUGUAACUUCUGAAGAGAUUACCAUGACAAUAUGUUGCAGAUUCAGAGGAUUUUAGUGUGUAAAAACUAUUCAUGGGAAACCCCUGUAGCAUUGUCUUUUGAGUACAUCAUGUAGAUUUAUUGUGUG